AUGGGACUGCCUAAGCGAGCUAGGGUGGCAAUGAAAGAAAUCACCUUCUCCGAAGAUGAUGCCAGGGACGUACACUGGCCGCACAAUGACGCCCUUGUCAUUCGUGCCCACAUCGGCAACAUGGAAGUACGAAGAAUAAUGGUGGACACUGGCAGCUCGGUAAACGUGAUGUAUAGGGCCUGUUUCGACCAGAUGGGACUAGGGCCCAAGCAAUUGAGCCCGUCCCCAGAGCUGCUUUACGGAUUAACAGGAGACGCAGUUGUUCCCAUAGGGCGGGUUAAACUCCCAUUCACUGUUGGGAGCCCAGGUCGCGAAGCAAUGGCUAUGGCAGAAUUCCUCAUUAUUGACUGCCCCUUAGCGUACAACGUCGUACUCGGGCAGCUAGUGAUGAACGAGCUGGACAUGGUCGCCUCAACUAGGGCUCUGACCGUCAAGUUCCCGACCAAUAAUGGAACAGGAUGUCAGAGCAGGGUAAACUACGACCUAGAUCCUCGAGAAGUGGAUUGUGAUAAGGCCUCCGGCCCAGUGGAAGAACUUGAAGAGGUCCCGGUCGGCGAGGUAGAUGCUGAAAGGUGUCUGAAGCUCGGAAAGAAUCUAGCCCCUGAGGUAAAGUGUCAAUUGGUUGAAUUCCUUAAAGCUAACCUGGAUGUGUUUGCAUGGAACCAUGAAGAUAUGGUAGGCAUAGCCCCGGAGGUCAUGUCGCACAGGUUCAACAUGGACCCUAGUUACAGACCAGUACGGCAGAAGAGGAGGCCAAUGACUCCAGAGCGUUAUGCCGCCCUUAAGAAGGAGGUGGAUAAACUCCUGGACAAUGGAUUCAUCAGAGAAGCCCAGUACCCAGUCUGGGUAGCCAAUCUAGUCCUGGUGAAGAAAAAGAACGGAAAAUGGAGGACCUACAUCGACUUCACCAACCUGAAUAAGGCUUGCCCGAAAGACAGCUUUCCCUUUCCCAAGAUUGACCAGCUCGUGGAUGCAACAGCAGGGCACCAGCUCCUCAGUUUCAUGGAUGCUUACUUGGGAUACAACCAAAUCCCCAUGAAUCCUAGCGAAGAGGAGCACACGUCGUUUAUCACCGAUCGUGGGCUGUACUGCUACAAAGUUAUGCCGUUCGGACUGAAGAAUGCUGGGGCCACCUACUAG